CUGGAGGCCUGCAGUCAGCUGGUCACUCUCUUGGCACAUUCUUUAUUUCAAUAAUUCUUACCUCAACUCUUCAAAAUAGGAGGUUGUGAUAGAGACUGCCUACAUGCCUGUCUUAGGCCCUCUCCUUGGACUUCAGGAAAACUCUAUUUCACAGGCCCUCUGACAGUAUGUUCCUUCUAAAGAGAAUAAAUGCAUCUUUUUUGAAGAUUAAAUAAAACAUGAGAAAAGUUGAUCACAAAGAAAAUCCUCAAUAAGUUCCAAAAAAGUCAAUGGAAUUUUUCCACAUACCAUACUACUAACAUGAGAAAAAAAUGAUUGUUGUUGAUUUGAAGCUUGAAAAAUGAGCAGGCGGACUUGUUGGAUUUGUAAGCCUUGCAGAGAUGAAUCUCAGAGGCUCCAGUCAAACAUUACUUUGGAGGAAGUGUUACAGUGGGCCCAGUCUUUUGAGAAGUUGAUGGCUACGAAAUAUGGUCCAGUAGUCUAUGCAGCAUACUUAAAAAUGGAGCACAGUGAUGAGAAUAUUAAAUUCUGGAUGGCAUGUGAAACCUAUAAGAAAAUUGCCUCACGAUGGAGCAGAAUUUCUAGGGCAAAAAAGCUUUAUAAGAUUUACAUCCGGCCACAGUCCCCUAGAGAGAUUAACAUUGACAGUUCAACAAGAGAGACUAUCCUCAGGAAUAUUCAAGAACCCACUCAAACGUGUUUUGAAGAGGCUCAAAAGAUAGUGUAUAUGCACAUGGAAAGGGACUCGUAUCCCAGGUUUCUAAAGUCAGAAAUGUACCAGAACCUUUUGAAGACUAUUCAGCCCAACAAUUCCUAACUAAUACUCAAAAGUGUAAAUUGAAGAUGGUGUAUUGAAAGUACUGGCUUUGUUUUUUUAAUUCACACACACACACACACACACACACACACACACAAUCAGAAGUAGAAUAGGAAUGAAAUAGAAAAAAAACUAUAAUUUCUUUUAAUUCUCAAAAGAAAAAAAGCAACACAGAUCCGCAAAUGGAUGGGGUCCAGAACAGUUACAAUAUGAAUAACAUAAUUUAUGGCAUGCCUAUGUAGCUCAGUUAACAUAUGAGGAGAAGGAAGGUCUUCAUUACACCAAUAUUAGAAAGUUUUUACUGUAGUAGUCAACAAAUGGAUGUUUUCUUAUUAAUAAAAUUUUGCUCGCAUAAUGCAUAGACCAGUUCUUUAGAAAUUGUAGCUAUAUGAGUUGUCUCUGGCAUGAGUGCACUCCAUAGAUGGAGUGUUUGUAUUAACUAAUCAGUAGACAAACUUGGUAUUUGAAGACAGUCAAUGGUAUAAUA